UAUUGUGUGUAUAUUGUAUAUAUAUCUAAUAUAUAUGUGUGUAUACAUAUAUGCAUGUCUUUGAUGACAAAUUGAUAAUUACAAUCAGUAUCAGGUUUCGGUUGACAGCUAUAUAUUAAUGAGUGUUUAGAAACAGAAAUCUUAACUGACUUCAUUUGCUUCUACACUUGGAAUGGAGUUUUGGACGCUGACAAGAAAGAAAAGGACAAAGCAGUUGGCACUACCUCUGCAGAUUUAUCCCGCCAUCUCAAAGUGGGUGUAGCCUUAUUCCUCAGAACCAUUAUUGGAUAAGAAGUAAGCGAAUUGUGACACCAGAGGGGAUCAUUUCUGGAUCAGUUGAGAUAAAGGGAAGGAACAUUGUAUCCAUGGUUGAAGAAAAGGAUUGGCAGGGGAAUUUCAACAGCGGAGAAGUGAUUGAUUAUGGGGAUGCUGUUGUCAUGCCUGGUUUGAUUGAUGUGCAUGCACAUCUUGACGAUCCUGGAAGAGCAGAAUGGGAAGGGUUUCCUUCAGGGACUAAAGCAGCAGCUGCUGGUGGGAUAACAACAUUAAUUGACAUGCCUCUUAAUAGUUUCCCUUCUACAGUUUCCAAAGAAACUCUUAAACUCAAGAUCGAGGCUGCUGAAAGGAGGAUUUAUGUUGAUGUUGGUUUCUGGGGAGGUCUAGUCCCUGAAAAUGCAUUUAAUUCAAGUGCUCUAGAGGAUCUUCUAAAGGCUGGUGCUCUUGGUUUGAAGUCUUUUAUGUGUCCUUCAGGGAUCAACGACUUUCCCAUGACAAAUGCGAGCCAUAUCAAGGAAGGACUGUCUAUAUUGGCCAAGUACAGAAGACCUUUACUUGUACAUGCAGAGAAACAACAAGAACACGAAGGAUACUUGGACCUUGACGCUCGGUCGUAUUCAACAUAUCUCAAGUCUAGGCCUGCUUCAUGGGAAGAAGCAGCUAUUAGAGAGCUCUUAACAGUAUCAAAAGACACGAGAACUGGUGGUCCCGCUGAGGGAGCUCAUCUUCAUGUUGUUCAUCUGUCUGAUGCAAAAACUUCUUUAGAUCUUAUUAAGGAAGCAAAAAGUAGUGGCGAUAGCAUUACUGUUGAAACUUGUCCCCAUUACUUAGCCUUCUCAGCAGAAGAAAUUAAAGAUGGAGAUACUCGUUUUAAGUGUUCUCCUCCAAUCCGUGAUUCAGCCAAUAAAGAAAGACUGUGGGAGGCUUUGAUGGAUGGACAAAUUGACAUGUUAAGCUCUGAUCAUUCACCAACUGUGCCAGAACUCAAACUCCUCGACGAAGGUAAUUUUUUGAAGGCAUGGGGCGGCAUAUCUUCUCUGCAGUUUGUUCUCCCUGUGACAUGGUCAUAUGGGCGUAAAUAUGGAAUCACUUUGGAACAGUUAACUUCAUGGUGGAGUGAGAAGCCUGCCAAACUUGCUGGCCAAGAUUUGAAGGGGACUAUUGCAAUUGGAAACCAUGCAGAUAUUGUUGUAUGGGACCCAGAAGCCGAGUUUGACCUGAAUGAGGAUCAUCCUGUAUACAUUAAGCAUCCUAGUAACUCUGCAUACUUGGGUUCAAGAAUAUCUGGUAAAGUUUUGGCAACUUUUCUUAGAGGAAACCUUGUCUUCAAAGAGGGGAAGCACGCUCCUGAUGCCUGUGGUGUUCCAAUCCUCGCAACAUGAAGAAUUGAAGUUGCAGGUUAAAGUUAAGGUGGCAGAUGCAAUACAGCAGAACAUUUGAUCACUCUCUUGGAUCAAACAGUUGAGUCAUAAGAGCAUUUUUGGAUAUAUAUAUAUAUAUAUAUAUAUAUAUAUAUAUAGGAAAACUUGUCCUGGUUGUACAUAUUUAAGAAGACAAUAACGAACUACUAAUUUGUAGAAGUCCUCAGUGGGAUAGUUGGGUUAAAUGAUAUUUUUGCCUCUAUGUCGAUUUAAUGAUAAAAAAAUAAAUAAAAAAUAACAAAAACUUAUGGCUGCUUUGUUUCUAA